CGAUGCAAUAAUAAUAUUCUGUGCUUUCUGCGAAUGAGCUCGCUCGCUGCUCGUUGUGCUUUGUUCUGGUCAAUUUCUUAAUUAAAAAAAAUUAUCAGCAGUGUUGGGAAUAUUAAAUAUAAAAAAAUACAGAUGAUAAAUUGAUUUGUAAAUUAGAAAACACAAUAAGUUCGCUGUAAGGUCAAGUUAAAAUGUGCGGCUGCGUGAGAGUUCUCCGCAUUGGCAAGCCGCUACCUAAGUCAUGGCAUCGGAGACUCUUCAGCUCUUCUUCAACGCCACCACCUAUCCAAGGAGUUCCAUAUACAAAACUCAGUGUUGGAGUUCCGAAAGAAAUAUGGCAAGAUGAAAGAAGGGUGGCCAUAGUACCAGCAGUAGUUAGUAAAUUAGUCAAAAAAGGGUUUAGUGUUAAUAUUGAAGAAAACGCUGGGACAUUAGCAAAUUUUCCAAAUAAGAGUUUCGAAGAAGCCGGCGCCAAAAUCACCAGCUUAAAGGAUACUUAUCAAUCAAACAUCAUUUUAAAGGUACGUCCUUUAGCUGAUAAUGAAGUUCAAAAUGUAGCCGAUAAAUCCACCAUCAUAUCAUUUUUAUAUCCCGCACAAAAUCAAAGUCUCAUACAAAAACUGGCAACUAAAAAAGUUAACGCAUUUGCAAUGGACUGCAUUCCUCGUAUAAGCCGCGCUCAAGUGUUCGACGCGCUCAGUUCGAUGGCUAACGUGGCGGGCUAUCGCGCUGUCAUCGAAGCGGCUGCUCAUUUUCCCCGUUUUUUUUCUGGCCAGAUGACCGCCGCGGGCCGCGUGCCCCCGUGCCGCGUGCUGGUGGUGGGCGGCGGCGUGGCGGGGCUGGCGGCGGCCGCGCAGGCGCGCUGCAUGGGCGCCGCCGUGCGCGCCUUCGACACGCGGCCCGCCGUGCGCGAACAGAUCGAGAGUCUUGGCGCUCAGUUUAUUACUAUGGAUGUGAAGGAAGAAGGAGCUGGUGCGGGCGGGUAUGCCAAGGAGAUGAGCGAAGAGUUCCUCAACGCAGAACGGGCGUUAUUGGGAAAAGAAGCCAGGACAUCAGACGUAGUUAUUAGCACAGCUCUAAUACCUGGAAAACCUGCUCCACUGCUUAUUUUAGAGGAUGCCGUUCGCGACAUGGCCCCAGGGAGUGUGAUAGUAGACCUGGCGGCCGAAAUGGGCGGCAACAUACAGACGACUACUAAGGGCAAAAUAACAAAGGUGCAUGAUGUUACACACAUUGGUCUUACCGAUUUGCCCAGCAGGAUGCCCGCACAUGCCUCCACUCUCUAUGCCAACAAUAUCUCUGCCUUCCUUUUCAGCUUAGGCAACAACGAUCACUUCAACAUCGACCUCGAGGACGAGGUGACGCGCGGCGCCAUAGUGCUGCGGGACGGCGCGCUGCUGUGGCCGCCGCCGCCAGCGCGCGCGCCGCCUGCCGCGCCCGCCGCCGUCAAGGCCGCGCCCGCCGCGGUCGAACCACCUAACCCCUUCAAUGAAACCCUGAAGGACACUUUCUUGUACUCCACGGGUUUGGCUAGUUUAAUUGGACUUGGAAUGGCCUCACCGAACCCAGCAUUUACAACAAUGACAACAACCUUAGCUCUAUCAGGCGUAGUAGGCUACCACACGGUUUGGGGAGUUGUUCCCGCUCUCCAUUCGCCCCUUAUGUCAGUAACUAAUGCUGUAUCUGGUAUUACUGCUGUUGGAGGCUUACUUCUCAUGGGUGGAGGAUACGUGCCUGAGACUCCAGUUCAGUGGUUAGCCAGCACUGCAGCUCUUAUCUCAUUCGUAAACGUAUUUGGUGGAUUCCUCGUAACACAACGUAUGCUGGACAUGUUCAAAAGGCCAGAUGACCCCCCGGAGUAUGGAUACUUAUACAGCAUACCAGCUGCUGCGUUACUUGCAGGAUACCUUACAACUGCAAUGCAGGGGUACCCUGAAGUACAUCAGAUGGCUUAUCUCGCUUCGUCGUUAUGCUGUGUAGGUGCUUUGGCCGGCCUUAGCUCACAGAAAACAGCACGGAAAGGAAACUACCUGGGAAUGAUUGGCGUUUCUGGUGGUAUUGCGGCAACUUUGGGACUCCUGACGCCAAGCGCUGAAGUGUUGGCACAAAUGAUUGGUGUGGCGGGUAUUGGAGGCGUUAUUGGUGGCACUAUCGCCAAAAAGAUCGAGAUCACAGACUUACCACAACUUGUUGCUGGUUUUCACAGUUUAGUGGGCAUGGCGGCGGUGCUGACUUGCGUAGCCACAUAUAUGCACGAUUUCCCUGCGAUGGCUCUCGACCCCACUGCGGCUACUCUUAAAACAUCUCUUUUCCUGGGCACAUACAUUGGAGGAAUUACAUUCACUGGAUCUUUGGUUGCAUACGGUAAACUGCAAGGAGUGCUAUCUUCAGCGCCAUUGCUUCUGCCUGGUAGACAUGCUAUCAACGCAGGCCUUUUAGCCGGUUCCCUAGGCUGUGGAGGAGCUCUCCUGGCAUUCCCUGAAGCUCCGGGAUUACCACUUUUGUCAGCUGCUGCAUUGCUCAGUGGCAUACAAGGGUUGACCUUAACUGCUGCUAUUGGAGGUGCGGAUAUGCCUGUCGUGAUUACUGUUCUAAACAGUUACUCGGGCUGGGCACUGUGUGCGGAAGGAUUUAUGUUGAACAAUUCUCUAAUGACAAUCGUGGGCGCCCUCAUCGGUAGCUCGGGAGCUAUCCUUUCCUACAUUAUGUGCAAGGCGAUGAACCGCUCCCUGCCCAACGUGAUCCUGGGCGGCUACGGCGUGACGAGCGGCGGUUCUGCGCGGCCGGCCGGCGCCACACACACCGAGCUGAACGUGGAUUCCGUGGCCGACCUCAUACACCGCUCCUCUUCCAUCAUCAUUACUCCGGGUUACGGUUUGUGCGUAGCGAAAGCACAAUACCCUAUUGCUGAGCUCGUAGAUAUCCUCAAAGGCAUUGGAAAAAAAGUGCGUUUUGCUAUUCAUCCUGUUGCUGGACGUAUGCCCGGUCAGUUGAAUGUCCUGCUCGCUGAAGCCGGAGUACCUUACGACGAUGUCUUUGAAAUGGAAGAAAUCAACGAGGAAUUCCCUGAAACUGACUUAGUUUUGGUUAUUGGUGCCAACGACACUGUUAAUAGUGCGGCUGAAGACGAUCCGGAGUCGCCCAUUGCAGGCAUGCCUGUACUUAAAGUUUGGAAGGCUGACCAGGUGGUAGUAAUGAAGAGAUCAAUGGGCGUCGGCUAUGCAGCUGUUGACAACCCUAUCUUCUACAACCCCAACACUGCCAUGUUGCUUGGUGAUGCUAAGAAGACUUGCGACGCUCUACUCGAUAAAAUCAAACAUCUCACAGCAUAAAUAUAAAGUAUAAAGAUGUAUUUUUUUAUGAAUUCUUCAAAACAUCUAAGGCUUAUAUAAUCUGAUUAGGCUGUUUAUAAAACAACUAGACUUUCUCAUCUCAACGAUUUAUUUUAAGCUAUAACCUUAAUAUAUAUGAAUAGAAUACAAGUAAAAACUUGUUUUUUCAAAUCGUCAUUUGUUUAAGGGCAUGAUAUAGCAUGCAAGCAAACAAAAUAUAUUGCAUUGUAUUAAGAAAGAUAUGGCAACCGAUACGCGAAUGCAACGCUAGCAGCUUUAUUUGUAUGGAUAAAAUGAAACAUUCACCGCACAUUAUAAUUGAAGUAGCCCAUCAUUGUCAAUAUAAAAGCCUAGGGUUUUAUAGUUACAAUCUACCAACCAUUCAGGGCCGGAUUAUCAAUUAGGUAGUAUAGACCUGCUUGCCUUGAGGCCGGGCGUCGACGGUUAAGGUUUUAAAAACAUUUUUUAAUUAUUUUUUUCUGCUAUUUUCUUUAUAUGGUAAAUAAUAUUGUAAUUAUGAAUAAAAGUGCGAUGUGGUAGAAAAAUAAAAUUAGGUAGCUAGAAAACGGCAAAGGUGCCUCGAAACCGGCAUUUCCUAUGAGCCCUGACAUGAUUAUUCCAGCCUUACAACCACCCACUAUCCCACAAUAAAGUAGGAUUCGUGUCACGGGUCCUUUUAUAAUAAUAAAAAUACCAAUUGAUCAGCAAUUAAAGGAGAUGUUUCUUUAGAGAUUUAAAAAAAAAUCAUUUCUUCAGUUUAAAACGGACUCUCUAGUAAUUGGGCCGAUAUAAGUCGUUUGUUUUCCUUUGCAUAAUAAAUAAUAACGCAGUCGAUAUUAGUAAAGUUAACUCGGAGAAAAAAAUAUGUUGAUUCAAGAAGUACUUGCUAUAUGAGGACGAGUAGUCAAUUACAUAUAUUCUGACAUCCUAUACACCGUAUUGGAUUCCUGGAUAAUCGAAAUUUAAUUAACUAAUUAUAAUUAAAAACACAAUCAAUUUUAAGAUUUAAUGUAAAAAUGAUUACUUUUAUAAUUCGACACAAAAUAUUGGCUUAUUUUAUGGUAGCUCAAAAUGCUAGCAAGAGCUACCAGUGAAUUCGUAUUUCCAAUUUAAUGGCAACUAUUAAAAAUAAAUCAAAUUAAAUAGUUGAUGUAUAUUUACAAUUAGUGCGUUAAGAAAUGAAUUAUACCGAUGUGAUACAGAAGUGCCUUCACUGUUUGUAUUUACUUCAAUGACAUUACUAGUCUUAUUGUACAUCACGACGGUAAAUUUAGUAGAAUUUAAUUAUAUAUUUUAAUAUUUGGGAGAGAUUUUUUUACACGAGAAGAGCAAUAUACGUUAUUUUAUAUACAAUUUCCAUUUUUAUAAACGCUUAUUCAAUUGUUAUAUCCCAUCGUUUUAAAUCUAGUCUUCCUUAUGAAAAGUGUAAUUCAGUUUGUAAAUAUAUCAAAAAUGUGAAUAUACCAAGACCAUUAUCAGCGGGCUAUUGUAUUAUCAAGUAGCUAAUCAACUGUAAAAGUAUUAAAUCUAUACUUAUUUAUUCACAAGAAAUAUAUGGAAAUGAUAGGUCUAAACGCACUGCACUGACUUCUUAGGUUAAUAUUAAAAAGUUAGUGUCAUGAAUUUUAGACCUCUUUUAUUUAUAGUAAAUAAUGGCGAAGAAUGCGAAAUAGAAUUAUUGUUGUCAAUUUUAAAAUUGUAUUUCUUUUAAUGUACUUAUGGGAAUUGUGAUAUUCUGUGUAAUAUCCCCACAUUCCAUCUCAAUAUAAAUAUAAUUAUUACUAAAUGGUAACUAUCAAUAUCAUUAAAUAUCGAUAUUUUUAUUUAUGCCUAUAUAACAUACAACUUAAAAAGAGAUUAUUUUAUGAGAUACCACAUUGAUAUCAAAAGUCGAAAUAAUAAAACCAGCACGAUCACACUGUACCUAUCUGUUUGGUAUUUGAUUGUCAAAAAUUAUUAUUAUGGCACUUUGGCUUUCUAUUAUGCUAAAAACGCAUAAUAAAUUAUAUAGGUUCUAUUGCCUAGUUUAUCCAUCGUGCAUAAAAAUAAACUUUUAACAUAAUGAACAUAUGGAGCAGAUGUUACACCAAAUUAUUUUAUUUUUACCAUUCCAUGUGAACUGUAAGCGAUUUUACAUAACGAAGCUAGUAUUUAAUUUUAAGUAUAAUUUACGAUAAAAAUAUUGAGAUUAAAAUUGAAUUUAUAAAUAAAUAUAGAUAAAGUUAAAU